AUGGCCACAUGCAAGGGGAAUGAUGGUGGAUCGUUCAUCAUGGAGCGGGCCGCCGGCGGUGGACUCCGCCUCUGGUCUCUGUUCUCCGGCACCUCCUUCCGGAGGAAGCUUAUUGAGGCUCUGAUGUGCGGUGUCUCCCAGGAGGAGAGGGAAGCCAGCGUCGGCGAUAACUGUCCACCACCGCCGCCGCUGAGAAGGGAAGAGAGAGAGAAGCCGGGACCCGCGCCGUUGGAGGAGUCCAGGCGCCACACCAAGUCCGAGCGGCUAUCAGUGUUGCUAAAGCUGGAUGUCAUGGAAUCGGGAUCGGAGUUGGAGGCAGAGACACGGAGGAAGAUGGAGGCCUUGGAGGUGCUCCAGGGUGUCGUGAAGAGGCUACAGCCUCGCGACGAUGUAGAGAAUGAGCAGGAUCUUCGAAAGAUGGAGGCCGCGAAGGAUGUGAGGAGGCUGGCCAAGGAAGAUACGGAGGCGCGGGAGACGCUGGCAAUGCUGGGGGCGAUUCCUCCCCUCGUAGGAAUGCUCGAUUCCGCUGAUGUCAAUAUCCAAGAGGCUUCACUCUACGCUCUUCUGAAUCUCGGCGUCGGCAACGACAAGUAAUGUCCACUUUCAUUGGCGUCUCCUUCCUUGUAUUUUGGAAUCUCCAGUUCUUAUCCUAGUCUUCCUCUUAUGUUUUAUCUAGUGUCAAUCGUUCGCCUCGUAGGAACAAGGCCGCCAUCGCCGAAGCGGGAGCUGUCCACAACAUGGUGAAGCUUAUCCAGACGACAAGCCUUCCACUGAGCUUAUCGGAAGCGAUCGUUGCUAACUUUCUAGGUCUCAGCGCCCUCGACGCCAAUAAACCUGUUAUCGGCUCCUCCGGUGCGAUCCGCUUCCUCGUUGAGACCUUUCGGAACCCCGCCGCGUCCCAUGCACUGGCUAAGCAGGACGCUCUUCGCGCCCUCCUCAAUCUCUCCAUAGCCGCCGAGAAUGUCCCUCAUAUUGUCGAUGCUGGGCUCGUCCCCGACAUCGUCGCUGCCGUGGGAGACAUGGAGGUGUCAGAUAGGUUGCUAUCUGUGCUCUCAAAUGUGGUUUCCACGGUGGAGGGCCGGAGGGCGGUUAGGCUCUCGCAGGAGGCAAUCCCCAUCCUGGUCGACGUGCUGCGCUGGUCUGAUUCACCGGGGUGCCAGGAGAAGGCGGCUUACGUUCUCAUGGUGAUGGCUCACAAGGCGUACAAUGAUCGGGCGACGAUGAUCGAGGCGGGGAUCGUGUCGUCACUUCUGGAGCUCACAUUGUUCGGGUCGUCCCUUGCGCAGAAGCGGGCAUCACGGAUACUGGACUGCUUGAGAGUAAACAAAGGCAAGCAGGUGAUGGAGGGAUCGGAAGCUGGUGGUGCAGGCUUCAGCGGUCCCGCCGUGUCUGCGCCCUUGUGCGGUUCCAGGCAGGAGGAAGGAGGGCUGGAAUGGGACGAUGAGGCGGGAAUAAGCGAGGAGAGGAAGGCGGUGAAGAGCCUGGUUCAACAGAGCCUGCAGAACAACAUGAGACGCAUCGUGCGCCGGGCCAACCUGCCGCAGGACUUCGCUCCGUCCGAUCACUUUAAGACGCUCACCGCGACCUCCACUUCCAAGAGCCUCCCAUUCUGA